AUGGACAAUGGUAAAGACACAAGUCUUCUUAUGAAGCUGACAAAAAUUCGCAAAAAGCCACAGCAGCCUCUAACGGACUUUACAGACUUGUACAGCAGAAUUGCAAAUGAAUCCAUAUACUACUUGAAGUUAGAAGAGAAACGAGAAUAUAAAAAAGCGGUACAAGGCUGGAAAGCGCUGAAUACCCAUACCCUUUACGAACUAACGAAGAUUGAGCAUACAUUUCCGAAAUCUCAAAGCUACACGAAAGAUGAGAUCAGCAUACAGAAUGGCAUUCGAGAACUUUAUCACAAGAGUUUGCAGCACCUGGAACGUGUUGCAAAGUUGUGUGAAAACGAACAGUUGGGUGAAGAACGUCGAUCUCAGACGGAUUCAUUUCGCCGUCCAGCGCCUCCUUCUUCCACUACUCGACCCAUGUUGAAAACAUUGCGGCCACUCCGAAUGAACUACCAUCGAAUGCAUACGGCUUCUGCGCCGAAUAUUUCAAAUACAACGUCUAGUUCUCUAGGGUCUCGUUCUGGGGGUCAAAAGAUCAACUUCACGCACUCAAAGCCACUCACACCGAAGAAUGUUUUUGCAGAUUUUUCGGAGGAAAAGAAUUUGAUAGAUCUAUCUGAUGGAGAGGAGAAUGCAGUAAGCUUAGAAAAGUCAGGCCACCAAGCCUCUCUUGAUUUCGAUGUUCAGGAGUAUUUUGACACGUACUUGGACAAUGAAGACGAAGAUAGCAAAAGCGUGGAGAGCCUACAUACUCUUGGCGGCCUACAAAAAACGAUGGGUGCUGUCACGUUAGGACUUGCUGAACCUGAAAAAACUCCUGAAGUUUCCUUAAAGCAAACUCGAUCUUCACCUAAUCUUCCAAGCAAAAAAACGACGACAUCGACGACACCCUGUCACCGACCAUCCAAACCGAACUCGUCGCGACUAGCAGAAUCAAAAGCAUUUAUAGGCAAGGAAAGCCCUUCAGCUAUCCAUUCAAACACUUUAUCUUCGGUACCCAAAACGGCUGCAUCGCAUGUACUUAAACCUGUACGACAAGCCAAAACUCGCCCAAGCCCAGGUAAAAGUAGUUCAAAUGUCAAUGAAGCUGGAAAGAAAAAAGUACCGUCUGGUGUAUCGAGUAAAUCACUGAAACAAGGCUCUAAAAUCGAAGCAAAGCCAGGAAAUGCAAAAAUUGAUAUUCAAGUCAAGAAUCCGCAAGCGAAACCUACACCCAAGCCAACACCGAAACAAGUUCUGGCUGUCAAAAAAUCUUUCAACAAAGCUACAGAUGUUAGCGAAAAAAGCUCAAUAACCUCUUCAGAAGAGCAUCCUUCCACAUUGAGCCCCAAAGAACAUGAAAAUUUGAAGGAAGCCUUAGAGGACGACAUCAUAGAACAGCUGCGAGGGGUCGACAAGACGGCGGCCAAGCAAAUUUUUGCCGAAAUUGUUGUCCAUGGAGAUGAAGUACACUGGGAGGAUAUCGCAGGAUUGGAAAGUGCCAAAAACUCUCUGAAAGAAGCUGUCGUUUACCCGUUUUUGAGACCGGAUCUCUUUUUAGGUCUGAGAGAACCAGUCCGCGGUAUGCUUUUGUUUGGUCCACCUGGAACUGGUAAAACCAUGCUUGCGAGGGCGGUCGCCACGGAAUCAAAAUCAACGUUUUUUUCAAUUAGCGCUUCGAGUCUCACUUCGAAAUAUCUCGGUGAGAGUGAGAAACUAGUCAGAGCGCUUUUCGCGAUCGCCAAGAAGUUGUCACCUUCUAUCAUUUUCGUGGACGAAAUCGAUUCUAUAAUGGGUAGUAGGAGCAAUGAGAGCGAGAACGAAUCGAGCCGACGCAUAAAGAAUGAGUUCCUUGUACAGUGGUCUUCUUUGUCGGCCGCUGCCGCUGGUUAUCAGAGUGGGGACGACGACUCUGAUGACCAGCGAGUCUUGGUGCUGGCAGCGACGAAUUUACCUUGGCAAAUAGACGAGGCAGCAAGAAGACGCUUUGUGAGACGGCAGUAUAUUCCUUUACCGGAAUCGGAGACUCGCAAAACUCAAUUAGUCAAAUUGAUGAUGCAUCAAACGCAUACUCUUGAAGAUGAGGAUUUUAAAGCACUUUUAGAGCUUACCGAAGGUUACUCAGGUAGCGAUAUCACUUCUUUAGCGAAAGAUGCUGCCAUGGGACCUUUACGAGAAUUGGGGGACAAGCUGCUGUUCACACCGCGCGAUCAAAUUCGGCCCAUAUCUCUGAUCGAUUUCAAGAACAGUCUCAAUUACAUCAAACCCUCAGUAUCUAAGGACGGUUUAGAGCAGUACGAAAAUUGGGCUCUAGAAUUUGGCUCCUCAGGAGUCUAA